AUGGGAAAACCCCAGACGUUGUCUUCCUACAACAAGGACCAAUGUAGUUUCCUACCAGCCAGUCAAAAUACGUGGGCCUCCGAGGGGCUCUUCGACUUUGACGACUAUAUGGUUUACGUCCUAGACUUGACGCGUGAUGAGGGGGCCGUGAAAAUUUCAAAUGUUGACGAGGCUGAUCUCGAAAAUUCCGGCGAUACUUUGAAAGACUACCCAAAGACCAUGGGUUCUCAGGCAGAGUUUUUCGCCGUGAGGAGAUCUAGUGAGCAUGAUUUGAGAUUGGAAGGGCAUGAGCAUGUAUCAAUACCGAGUGAUCGCCAUUCAAGACAAGCAUUCGAAUACUACUGUAACAUGAAAGGGCUUGUUGAUGAUUCCGCAAUUGAAGGCAUUCUCACAUGUCUUGAGAGGAUGAGCUGCGAAGGGGAAUAUGCGAUUCGAGAUUCAGAGCGCCGCAGUAUACGCCAACAUAAAGCAGCCAGGACCGUGGCAGAAAUGAUCCCACAUCGAAUCCCUGAGCUGAGCCAGCCUUGUACAUUUGCAUCAGAGCCAGCUGUAACGACUUUUUUUUUCGCAAAUAUUACCAUGGCUCGGAAUCAUCCCCUAGACUGGGAACACUGCCGUCGACAUGACACAGCAGAACACAGAAGUACGGACAACCAAAGCAUUCUGUUCCAUCCCAAGUCGACUGUCGACCGAUGCCCAUGCUCCGAGACUUCCACCCCCAAACACCUGCGAACACCUCAUCGUUUGGGAUGCCAACGGCGCCCAUGGCCACGACCAGCUUCGCGAUCGAUCAAAGUAAAUGCAAACAAAAGCGAGAAUACGGAGGCUGGGUGUGAACGUGGAUACUCUCUUGGUGUCCCUGGACCUCACCGAGCGAGACAUCUGAGGCGAGGGGCCCAGGGGAGAAGACCCUGGAUCCCACAAAAGGGAUGGAAAUUCAAUAAACACCCUUCACUCGCCAGCAUUGCGUCACGAACUGCUCGGUGGGAAUCAUUGACCAGCCGCAGGCCUCGGGGCCUCACCCCUGAUGCAUUAGGGGCCGGCUCGGGGCGGGACGACCUGCGCACACUACUCUAUUUGAAUCUUCGUUCAUCGACACUCGGCUCCACGCUCAUGGGGCUUAUGGGGCUUUGGGGUGCGGAGCACGCAGGCCGACGGGUCAAACGACCAAACAAGCAGAACCUCGAGAUCACACGAGAUGAAGGCCGAUGCCACUCCAUCAUGGCGGGCGUGAAUCAUCAACUCAUUCACGAUGAUUUGAUGAAUCGCAUCGAUGCCCGUGUAGACAGAAGUUGGACGUACCGGUACUGGUACUGCGUAUCGAAUCAAUCCAUCGGCACGGAAAAUGGACAGCAAGGCAAUAAGGCGGGGCAUGUAGAUCUCAUCUCGCCUCGGAAUCUGGGCUGCGUCGCUAGAGUCGAAUCGAAGCUUGACCGGAUAAGCGCUAGCGUCCCACCUUCGCGAACUUCGACCACCAUCCUUCCACCUUCAACUUCCAAUCUCAACGACCUCCCUCGUCGACUAAUUUCCUCACUCGAAUCGCACCGCACCCCCACCGCACCGCCUACCGUCGACGAUAAUAUAACCUCCGAUCCGGCAAUCCCUCUGAUCCCUCUCAUCCGGUGGUAUCUGCAUCCGACCGCCUGGUACUGGCGACGACCCAGCAUUCUCGGCGAGUCUGCUCUCGCGCGAAUUGAUACGGCACCCACCACUGUUCGCCCCUUCAACAAAACAGCUACCCCGCCGGGAAAAAUGCCAGCCGAUACAGUGGCCAUGCCGGCCCAAGAAACUGCGCCGGUCGGGCUGCACUCUCCCCCGGACUCAAACUCUGCAAUUAAAGAUGGCGGCAGCGACUCGGAACUCUCCGACUUGGAACCCGAGAUCGAGGCCAGCGAGAAGCUUGAAGUUGCCCCCGACCACAUUUCCGAAGGAGGCGUCCCAGUUUUCAAACCCUCCAUGGCAGAAUUUGUAGACUUCACGCGCUAUGUGAAUGCCGUCAACCCGUACGGUAUGCGGUCAGGAAUCGUUAAAGUCAUACCUCCCCCUGAAUGGCUCGCUGCGCAACCUCGGCUCGACGAGGCUAUCAAGACUGUGCGGGUCAAGGAACCGAUCAAGCAGGACAUCAUGGGCACGGCUGGAACUUAUCGACAAGCAAAUAUCGUGCACCAGCGCUCUUACAACUUGCCACAGUGGCGCCAAUUGUGCGAGCAGAGUGAACAUCAGCCUCCCGCGAAGAGAGGAGAGAGACGGGCGAACCAGGACAAGCCUGUCAAACCGGCCCCCAAACCCAAAGCCACACCUGCCCCCCGUACAGCGAAGAAGCGUGGAGCAGGAAGACCUCCCAAGAACAAGUCGAGAUCGGCAGCGAUCGAUAAGGAUGGGACAAGCACGCCCGAUCGUCUUCCCACACCAGUCUCCCCUAGUAUGAAGCCCGAGGAUGACGACCAGUCGGUCAAAAUUGAGGAGGACGAGUACGAUAGCCCAGCAAAGCUAAAAGGUGGACGACAGCCCAAGGCUAUCUCCGUCUCUUCUCGGCGCAAGAACAACAAGCGCGAAACCGGUGUGGUGGAUGAGGCUGCGUUCAAGGACUUCAAGUAUGAACUUGACGAGGAAUUCAGCAAGGAACGUUGCGACGAUCUCGAGCGAAACUACUGGAAGACUCUCACAUACGCUCCUCCUCUCUACGGUGCAGACAUGCCUGGGACACUCUUCGAUGAACGUACCACAUCUUGGAACCUGGGCAAGCUGGAUAAUAUCCUCGAUGUUCUAGGCUCGAAAAUCCCUGGUGUCAACACCGCCUACCUGUAUUUGGGCAUGUGGAAAGCAACAUUCGCAUGGCAUCUGGAGGAUGUCGAUCUUUACAGUAUCAACUAUGUCCACUUCGGCGCACCAAAGCAAUGGUACAGUAUCUCACAAGGAGAUGCGCGCCGUUUUGAGGCGGCUAUGAAGAGCAUCUGGCCUACUGAUGCCAAGGCAUGCGACCAAUUCUUGCGACACAAGACAUUCUUGAUCUCACCAUCCCAGCUCUUGUCGAACUACAACAUCAAGGUCAACAAGAUCGUAGCCCACCCGGGCGAAUUUGUUAUCACCUUUCCUUACGGCUACCACUCUGGUUACAAUCUCGGCUACAACUGCGCCGAGGCAGUCAACUUUGGGCUUGAGUCGUGGCUCGAGUACGGUCGUGUUGCUAAGAAGUGUGACUGUAGUCAGGCCCAAGACAGUGUCUGGAUUGACGUUCACGAGAUUGAUCGCAAGCUUCGGGGCCAGGAGGCCGAGUACGAGGAGACAGACGACGAAGAGGAAGAGGAGGAAGAGGAAGAGGAUGUCAAGGCUUCUGAUGUACCGACAUUUCCCCAGAUCAACAGGGAUAUCAAGCCGAAGGCUCCCAAGAAGAAGCGCAAGCGGCUUAAUAACGAGAAAGACGAAAAGUCCAAUGUCAAGCGAAUCCGUGUUCGCAUCAAGGCACCCUCGAGGGAGCCCUGCAUCCUUUGCCCGAACGACAUCCCCUCCGAGCCUCUCCUCUUCACCGAGGACGGCCAGAAGGCUCAUCGAUUGUGCGCUACGUACAUCCCCGAGACCUCUAUCGAAUCCGGGGACAAGGACAUUAUUGUCGAUGUCAAGUACAUCAGCAAGGGUCGUCUCGACCUCAAGUGCAACUACUGUCGCUCGAAGAAGGGCGCUUGCUUCCAGUGCUCGCAGAAGAAGUGUACACGAGCUUAUCAUGCUACAUGUGCUGCAGCCGCUGGGGUUCUCGUUGAGCAAGGCGAAAUUCCAGUCUUUGGUGAAGAUGGAACUGAAUACAAGGAUUGGGGUAUUGAAUUCAGCUGCCGAUUCCAUCGCACUAAGCGCGACAAGAAGCUCGAGGGUGAUGCACUUGGAGAGGACAAGCGCCUUCUCAAAGCCGGCUUAGACUUGAAGGUUGGCGAUGUCUGCCAAAUGCAGUAUUAUCGAGGCGACAUUUUUGCUGGAGCUGUCGUCGAGAACAGAAUUAGUGAAGAGAUGAUACUUGUCGACAUACUUCCUAGAGGUGAUCGCGUUGAAGUUGAGUACAAGUGGCUCCUCAUUGCAGACCCCGCAGAUUACCGUCUGCAGAAGCCAUCUGCAAAGGCUAUACCUAUGCCGAAGUCUUUCAAGGAUAAAGAGUCUCUCAACACGAGCAAGCGUCAAGUUGAUGACUUGCCAAGAGCGGAGGACCCAUUCGUUCAAGGCUGUACUUGGGCAGAGUUCAAGUGCGAGAAGAUCCCCCGCAACCCGGCUCAAAUCAAGGUCGACUUCAGCAAGGAGAACCAGAUGUGGUUCUAUCUUGGAAAGAAUUCUACGGAAGCAAAGGCGCAAUUCACGGAAGAUCCAGCAAAGCCUCGGCACAAUCCGAAGGGACAUUUCCUAGAUACGAUUCCGAAGCCUGCCCCCGCCGUAUCACGACAGUCAUAUGCUGCUUCAUACCCGUCAAAUUCCAAGGCAGAAGCUUCAUCUUCGAGUGUGGCAAAGGCGGCAACCCGACCGUACCAGCCUGUCUCUGCAGCCUUUAACAGGCCAGAAAAGCCAUAUGUAUACAAGCCUCGCAACAGUGCUGAGAUGUACAAUGUGGAUCCAAAAGCUUACCGUGAUCAGCAAAACUUCCUCCAGCGAUCGACCGCACCUGCCUACACCUUCGGCUCAGAUCCUCGUUUCCAGAACUCCCAAAACCCUCGCCCAGCAAAUCAAUACUCGACUCACGCACCCGCUGCUAAGGGUCCACAGCAACAAUCACAGGCGGGAACUGUGGGAUCUUUUGGAUCGACUCCACGGCCAGCGCCUGCGAUGAGCACUUCACGUCCUGGUACUGCUAUCCCUACACCUCAGUCGAUGUACCGUCCUUCCAAUCAUGUGGCGUCGCCUAAACCUAUGAAUCCCUUUGGUAGCAGACCACAGCCUGCGAACUCGAAACAAAGUCCGUUCGCCAAGUAUCCUUACUUGCAGAAGGAGCAUAAUGUGUCCCCGUUGGAGUACAAGAGCCCCUACAGACCUGGCGGCGGUUUUAUGAACGGUUACCAGGGCAGUCUCCAGGCGCACUUGCAGCAGACUAUGUUCCGGCCAGGUGGUUCCAUCACGUCGAGCAUCUCGUCCUUUGGGGGAAGCUCGAAGCCUUACUCAGGCCCGCCACGUCCAAGCCUGCAACUGCAAAAUUCGUCCUCUUCGACUUUGCCCAAUGGUUAUCAUUCGUAUCGUACUUCUGCGCCUGCGCCUUCUUCCAUACCUGCUCCAGUACGCACUUCUGUACAUACCGCUGCGCCUGCGCAGCAGCAGCCUCAGGCCCCUGCAGCCACAGCCUCUGCAAACACCUCGGACAAAAAGGACAACGCACCGCUGCAUCCUGCUAUCAGGCAAGAGUACAACAGGAUGUAUAAUCAAUACCAGGCUCCUGAAGAUUCGGCGUCUCAACCACAAAGCUCUGUUUUACAACCACCAGCCAUGUAUCACAGACACGGUCAACUUCAACCGCCAUAUCAGCCAACGAUCACUCCUCAAAGCCAGGCUCGGUACUAUCCUCAACAAGCAGCCCAACCUCUACCCCAGAAGCAGAACCUGCACCAACCUCAGCAACGAACACAGCAGUACAGUGGCUCUUCCAACUCCGCCCCACAAACCGCCUACAAACCAGGUGCGGUGCAUCCAACUAGCCGUCCACCCGUGUCGCAGCCUGAACCCCAACCUUCUAUGUUGGCUGACAAUUCGCAAAACCAACCCUCUCCGUCGGUAAGAAACGCGCAGGUCCACUCUCCCGCUUCACAGCAGAAGUACCAAUCGUCUCCCGCAACUAACAACUCGCCUGUUCACCCUCCCGCCCAGCAACAGUAUCAGCCUGCUCAAGUUGCUCGACAGUCGCCAAUUCAUCCUCCCACGCAACAACAAUAUCAGCCGCCUCCAGCCGCUAGAAAUUCGCCAGUCAAUGCUCCGGUGUCUCAACAGCAAUAUCAGUCUUCCACAAUGGCUAUGAACUCGCCAGCUCUGUCAUCAGUCUCCCGGCCACCCUACCAACCUUCUCCCAAGUUUUCGGAGUCACCAAUCAGCCGGCCUGUCUCACAGCAGCAGUAUCAGCGAUCUCCAGUCGUUACAAAGACACAGAUUUACACCCCUCAACAACAGUACACAACACCCGUGACUCCAGUUUCUCAGCCACAGUACCAGCCCAUGCCUCCCACUACCAACGGACAAACACAUGCGGCUCAUUCGCAGGCGCAGUAUCAGCAGCAAUCUCAGCCACAAGAUAACAAGCCGAUAUACGCGCAUCAGCAAUACUUUCAGGAUUCGCAGAUUCACCCGCAAGUACACCAACAGGCUUCUGUGUCACAGGCUUCAAAUUUGCAGGUCCGCGACUUUCCAGACGUCCCCGCUGACUCUACUACGCUGGUCGAGAGAAUGAUGAUGACACUGAAGCGGGCACCGGCUGCUUGA